GAGGGACCAAAGGGCGCAGGAGCUGGCCCGGCGGGGAUGAGGCCGCGGUUGACGAAGUACCAGUGGGCAUUGGCGAGUCCCCCUGGAGGAUGGCCUAGUUGGAGGUCGCCGUCGGCCGAGGCGAACUUGACGACGACUUAGGGCGUGCCCUCAUGGGUUCUUAUGUGGUCGCUAGUGGAGGGCGAGGACCCGGCGCAUGCUUGACGCGGUGAGCAAGUCAGUACGUCCACACCGGGCAAGAACUACUGAUCUACAACGGCAACUACCUGAAUCAGGAAUCCAUGACACGAUUCCUGGGUCUCCUGUUCCGCGCCAACCUGAGACCAUUGCCGCCGACACGCCCGCACCGUUCAGGUCCGUCGCGAGAGCGCGACCGGUGAACGCCGUUCCAGCUCAACAUGACCCAUGGCACUCACUUCCAGAUCUCCGCCAUCGGCGCCUUCCUCGAAGGCAAAGAUGUUGGGUCCCUUACCUCCCAGAACUACAGCUCCCGAUCCGACGCCGAGUCCCGCCGCCGAGUCCCGCCGCCAUCGCGUAUCCCGACCGGCCGACUGUGUGUCGCGCGCAGCAACCGCUCGGGAACCCCACGAACCGCCGCCGCGAGCGAGUGGAUAUUGUUCUAGUUCCUCGUGUCCGCGGUGCUGUUCAGGCAGGGCGAGAACUAAGAUAGUACCAGUCUGAAUCGGAACACAACUCGGAGUGUUCAUCUAAGACAGCAUCAUUCUGGAGUGGUAAGUCCGGGGGGAAGGAGCGAUAGAAUGCGUGAAGAAAAGGUCCAAAUGUGAAUUAUAUAUCUGUACAUUGACCGUGUGAAACCAUAAACAUUUACGAACAAAAAGUGCGCUCGCCCACAGGAUAGGACCCGCUGUUUAUGACGC